GUCCCGGGGCGGUGCCGGUGCCGCCAUGGCCGCGGGGCCGGUGCGGGGCCGGCGUGGAGCGCUCGGGCCGGGGGCAGCCGGGGAGCCGGAACGCAUGACAGAGAGGAAUCAGAAUCCCAGCCUGGUUUGGGUUGGAAGGUUGGAUUUUAAGGCAUUUGGACUUAGAGGAAUAGCAGAUUUUCAAGGCCAGAGUUCCCAAUGUGUCCGGGUUUGGACUGAUCUUCAGAAGCGGGUGUGCCAGCUGCUGGACACUAUUCCCCGGGAGGCUGGUGCCCAGCUCGUGGGCUGUGCCAUGGAUGUGGAUUCCAGGCAGAAACUCCUCCCUGACUCUGCUCCCUGGGCUGCAAGGACCAAGCAGAAUUCCGUGAUUUUGGAAAAUCAUGGGAGCAAGGGCAUUUCCCAGCCCUGCCCGAGAUGUGUUGCUGGAGAAUCUGGCCACUUCAGUCACAUCCUGGGCUUCUAGAGGAGGAGAGGGACCAGAGGAGCAGCUCUGAUUCCUGAGCUGGUCCUGCCCUGCCCUGCUGCCACUCUGGGCACCACUGCUGCCAUCCUCAGAAUUUGUUUUAAAAGGACAAGGAGAGGCUGAUUUCAUGUUUAGGUAGCUCAGAAUUUGUUUUAAAAGGACAAGGAGAGGCUGAUUUCAUGUUUAGGUAGCUCAGAAUUUGUUUUAAAAGGACAAGGAAAGGCUGAUUUAAUUUUUAGCUCAGAAUUUGUUCAUAAAGGACAAGAAAAGGCUGAUUUCAUGUUUAGGUAGCUCAGAAUUUGUUUUAAAAGGACAAGGAAAGGCUGAUUUAAUUUUUAGCUCAGAAUUUGUUCAUAAAGGACAACAAAAGGCAGGUUUCAUGUUUAGGUAGAAUUCAUUCAUAAAGGACAAGGAAAUGCAGAUUUCAUGUUUAGGUAGCUUAGAAUUUGUUCAUAAAGGACAAGGAAAGGCAGAUUUCAUGUUUAGGUAACUCAGAACUUGUCUAAAAAGGACAAGAAAAGGCAGAUUUCGUGUUUAGGUAGCUCAGAAUUUGUCUAAAAAGGACAAGAAAAGGCAGAUUUCGUGUUUAGCUCAGAAUUUGUUUUAACAGGACAAGAAAAUGGUGAUUUCAUGUUUAGCUCAGAAUUUGUUCAUAGAGGACAAGGAAAUGCAGAUUUCAUGUUUAGGUAGCUCAGAACUUGUCUAAAAAGGACAAGAAAUGGCUGAUUUCGUGUUUAGGUAGCUCAGAAUUUGUUUUAUACGUAAAGGUCAAAAAUUUUAAGAUAAAAAAAUGUAAGGCUAUCCUGUCCUCCCUCUUUCUUCUUCCUUAGUCCAUGUUCUUAGUAAUGUUGGCACUCACAAAUUAGUUUAAAGUAAAAAAGCACCAUUUAAUAUAAAUAAUAAACAUUAAAAAGAUUUCAAACAUUUAACACAUAAUACACCAUAUAGAAAAUAAAAUCAGCCCUAAGCAAGGAAAAAUAAAAAGACAAAAAACAAAACAAAAAAAAUCAAAGUACGUGUGUGCCUUUACCUAAGCUGCUAAACAAACUGCAGCAGCUCAGAAAAAAAAAAUGUUUUAAAUAACUUAAAAUAAACAACAGCAGCUCCCUGGCCUCUCCAGCUGAAUAAAACCACCUUUAGCUCCUCUCACACCCCUGAUAUUCCUGAUUUUUUCCCCACAUUGGAAGGCAGAAGCAAUUCCAAGGUGAGCUUUUCCUCUCGGAUGUGCUGCCUUGCUCCGUGUUUUCCAGCAGGGCAAGGAGGGAUUUUUUUAAAAUCUCUGCCUGGAAACAAAUUGGAGUUUAAUUGUCUGCUCCACUGAAGGCUUUUAAUAGUGAUAUUUUUUUAAAUAGAUGUGUUUGUAAUUUAUUUUGGGAUUUUCCAGGAUCAUAAAGCUGGCACGGGCUGGGGCACUGAAUAUUCCUUUAAAGCAGAUUUGUGUCAAAUCUGCAGUGGAACCACAGAGUUAUUUUUGUAUGCCUUGUAGAACUCUGAAAUUUUGUUUUCUUGAUGAAAAAAAAUAUAUAAACUUUUUAUUCCCUACUGCUGUGGUUUGUACACAGAAUAACCAGAGUGAUGCUUUAUUUACCUGUAUAUAGAGAGAAAGGCCCUGGCCUGUUUUUAAUUCAGGUUUAAAGGAUCUAAUUCUUAUUUUUAACUUUGUAUUUUGUAAAUUGUUCCUUACAAAAGCAGAAACAUUAAACACCACUUUGGCUGCA